AUGGCUCCCAUCCGUCGUUAUCUACGCAUCAGCAAAUACUCAGUGCUAGAGUGUCGCAUUUAUCUGGACAACCCAUCUGACUCGCGUUGGCUCUUGAAUCCACGCGAUCCGGUCCUCCCUCGCAUCUUUGCUGCAAUCCAACCGCUAGUCCUGCCCAAGUUGCGGGAAGAGAAUGAACGGCUAUGGUCGCGCAAGAAGGGAAAGCCCGUGAAGGAUGUCAUUGCUGAAGAUGAAUUCGAAGUCGCCAUCUUCCUCCGCGAGUCGCGUACUCGUCAUGCCCUGUUGACCCGCAACAAGACCUUCCACCAACCGGACAGCAAGAAGAACAAGAAGCUGAAACCAGAGCCUGCAGAGGACUUGACGGAGGACUCGGCUGGCCCGGCCAAGUCUGCCAGGGCAGAGGUCAUUCUGGACAGUGACGACAGCGAGGCCGAAGUCGAUUUGAGCAAUAUUCCUGAAGCCGCUGGAUAUGGCAACGGUCCAGAGGCGAUCGCACUAUCAGAGAUUGGAACUGAGCCCCAAACUGGAGAGGAGCCGACAGGAGAUGAGAAAAAGCUGCGUUUUAGCACCCAUUACGAAAGCUUCAACAUCACAGGAUGGGUACUCUGCUUGCUCAUUACCCGCAAAGGAGACCGGGCGCAGGGACGUACAGCUACAUCGGAACCGAAACAACCUCUGAUGGAGGAAUGGAUCUCCAGCCAGGCCCAGACAGGUCUCGGCGAAGACUGA